UUUCAUAAUCUUGUUGCAUGUUUAACUAAAUCAAUAUGGCCCGAAUGAACCGCCCAGCUCCUGUGGAAAUCACCUACAAGAACAUGAGAUUCCUGAUCACACAUAAUCCAACCAAUGCAACCUUAAACAAAUUUAUAGAGGAACUUAAGAAAUACGGUGUUACCACAGUGGUGAGAGUGUGUGAAGCUACUUAUGACACUGCUCCGGUGGAAAAAGAAGGCAUUCAGGUUUUGGACUGGCCCUUUGAUGACGGUGCUCCACCAUCCAACCAGAUUGUUGAUGAUUGGCUAAACCUCCUCAAAGUUAAAUUUCGUGAAGAACCUGGUUGUUGUAUUGCUGUACACUGUGUUGCUGGUCUUGGAAGAGCUCCAGUCUUAGUUGCUCUUGCACUGAUAGAAUGUGGAAUGAAGUAUGAAGAUGCAGUGCAGUUCAUAAGACAGAAGCGGCGUGGAGCUUUCAACAGCAAGCAACUUCUGUACUUGGAGAAAUACCGCCCCAAGAUGCGUCUGCGCUUUAAAGACUCCAACGGUCACCGAAAUAAUUGUUGUAUUCAGUAAAGCUCAACAGCCUAUAGUACUUCUUUGGAAAUAAAGGAUGGAAACUAGAAUUAAACAGACUGCAUGCCAAAGACAUCAGUCUGGUAUUUUUUAGUAGUAAAGGAAGCUUCCUUAGGAGUAUUUAUUAGGCUAAAGGCUCAGUAGAAAUGCAACUUCUAUGUUUAGAUAAAUAUCUGUCUAUGGAGACCCAGUAAAUGUUUUUGCUGUACCCUGUUUCUGAGCUGUCUCCUUGUUCAUUAAUUAUCAGAUCAAAUAUCCUUUAAUCAUGCCAUUGAGUCUUACUGACCUAGUUUCAACUACUAUAAAUUGGGGUACUAAAAUAAAUCAAUCUGUAGAGAGAUUAGGUGCCAAAAUACCCAGCAUAUCAGCUACAUGUUUUUCCUUAAAAUGGGCAUAGUUCUGAUGAUGUGAGAACUACCAGCUUAUCUGGACCUUACUAUCUUUUUUUCUACAGUCAUUUCAAUAUUGAAGAAUAUGGCCUCUAAAGUAGUCUUGCCUGCUCACGGUAUGUUUUGUCUCCCACAAUCGCACUAGAAUUAUCAAGAUUUGCACAGUCUGUCUUUUUAAUACUAUGAAUUACAGCAACUUUUUACCCCUGCAUCUGUACUUUUCUGUUACCUGAACCUCUCCAUAUUACAAGUCAUUACUCUGGUUAUUCAUGUAGAAGAUCUUUUAAAUUGUACAGAAGCACACAAGUCUUUAAUGUCUCCAGACAAAAAGCCUUACAGUAAAAUUAAUGUUGGCACUUCAUGUGCAACUUAACAGAGGGCCUGAAAAGGUUGGGAGGGGCUAUUUAAUAUUUCUAGUAAAAUGUUGCCUUUGUCUUGUGCAGGAAGUAUAGAAUAUGCCCUUUACUUUAGUAAAUAUUUUUUUAAAACGUAGAAAUGCUUUGUUAUUGUAGCUAAAAAUUCUUAAUCAGAAAAUUUCUGAAAAAUCUUGUAGUUUUCUUUUACUGUACUUAUUGAGAGUUGUUUACCAACUAUUGUUUUGUUGAAAGUGUGAUCUUUUUCUUUUCUUUUCUUUUCAUUUUUCCUCCUUGAGUUUCUGCUGUGACUUGGGCAGACCUCUGUAAUAUUUUGUAUGCCUUUCAAGCUGCGUAACUUAAUAUUUGGAUACUUGAUAAUUUGUUUUAUUAUGUAAUUGAUAAAAUGGUGAUGUGUAUUAAUGUUAGUUCAACCAUAUAUUUAUACUGUCUUGGGAAUGUGUGGUUAUAGUUCUGUGGGAGAAAUACUUUGCCAGUGUUCACCAGCUUGUAAAAUCUAGUGCGAGAGCUUAAAACAUCUAAAUAAAGACUGAAAUGCACUUA